AUGGCGUGGAAAGAAGUGGGCGCGUGGGAGAGAUGUGGGAAAGCGUCGGCAACAAGCGCUAGCGUGGAAAGAAUAGCUGUGGCGUGGAACCUGGAGCGGCACAGGCGCUGGCGUGAGAGUGUGUCGGCAAAGGACGGUGGCGCGUAUCGCGGUCUCUGCCGGGCGCCGUGGCACGGGGCUUUGUCAGGUGACCACAAUCACCUGCCGAUCGUUGAUUCUCCAGCAACUAAGUCCCUCGUCGCCGUCCUCCUGCCGCUUUGUCUCCUCUUCCGAAUGCCGUCCAUCCUCCCCGUUCUCAAGGCGAAACUUGCUGAAUACAUGCUCUCCCUCCCAGAUGGAGCGGCUGAGUAUGAAGAUUAUGAGCUCUGGGGCCAAGGUUUCGCCCGUCGUGUGGCUCUUCUCGAUCGUUCGGCGCGUGGUGAAGACAUUCCCGAACUUGCCGAUCUCAUCGCCGAAGCUGAGCGCGGGCUCGACCACAUGGCUACCGACGGCUGGCUGGUAUGGGGGGCGCGCGUCCUGCCGCAGCGGGCGGCGCGCUUUGCUGUGAAGCAGCAGAAAGAAGCCGAAGAACAGGCCCUGGCUGAGGAGACCGAGAGGGUAGCUGCCGCCGAACGCGAGGCUGAGCGAGCGGAGGCGGCGCGGGCUGCUGCUGCGUCGCAGGUGGCCGCAGAAGAUCGUCAGCGGCGCCGGGACGCUGUGGUAGGCGCCAUGUUUGAUGGGUCUCUCGAUCCUGAAGAAGGUGAGCGUCAGCUGGCCGAGCUGGACGCCGAAACCGUGGUCCCUCCCCCUCUUUUCUUUCCCUCUCCCUCCCCGGAUCCUGCUCCUUCCGCCGACGCCGUCCUGGUCUCAACAACCGCGGCUAUGCAUCGCAUGAGUGUGGACCCGACCGCUCCGAUCGCUCCGAUCGAAUCUCAAGGGAAGCGCGCUGCCGCUGUUGUCGUCGAGUUCGCUCGCCAGCGAACUCCGUCUCAAGGUCGGGUGAUCGUCCCUCUCGGUCCUGGAACGGGUCGCAUGUCGACUGUUCGGUCGCCCGUGGAGAGGAACGGUGCCGGGAAGAUGAUGCAGGAUCCCCCGGGUUUGAUGCCUGGAGAUGUACUCGCCGACUACGCCUGCCAAAGGGAACAGAAAGGCUGCAGCUUCCAACCCGGGUGGAUGCCGAACAAGGGAAAGUCCAAGGGGAAAGGGAAGUCGAAAGCGAAGGCGGCCGAAAAGUCGGGGGAGCCGGAACCAUCGCGCCCGACCAAGAAGCGUAAGGUCGAGGUGCUCGUUCCCGAACGAUCUGUCGGCGAGAGUAUCGCGCGGACAAAAGCUGUUCGGGCUCGGAAGCCAGUCCAGCGUCUUCCAACCACCACUCGUACCGUCCUGGCCCCUUCCCGUCCCCGUUCCUCUGCUGUCCCCGCUUUGUCCGACUCCUCUCGCCUGUCUCCUGUCGUUGCGCAAGGCAUCGCGUCGGAGCUUCGGUACCGCAUCGCUGUGGCCGAAGGUACGCGUGCCUCGCUGGCGCGUUCGAUCGCGAUGUGGCAGGGUGAGUUGGCAAGUCUUGAGGCGCGUUCGGGUGGAUCGGCGGUUUCGGAUGUGGUGCUGGUGGAAGACUCGUCGGAUUCCGAGGAUUCGGACAUGUCUGUGUUGGGCGACUUUGUGCCCGAUGUGUAG